GAAAAAAAGUUUAAGCCACGCCCAAAAAAACAGGGGUUCUUUUCAGAAUUUUCUUCUAGCACCCAGGUCCUUUUUGUAUCGGAGUCCCCCCUGGUCCCCCCUCCUUCUAUUUUGUUGAGUUAGUCUCCUUUCCUCCCAUGAACCAGCGGUCAGACGAAAUGAGCAAAGGGACUGGGUCGACUAUCAAAUGGACAUGCGCAAAGGAAUAGAAAAUGGCGCGUAUUUGUGAAUCAUUCAGGAGGGAGAGUGUUUGAAAUGGAAUACAUCAUCGGAAUUAUAUGUAACGAUAACAGUUUAUAAAAGAUCAGGAAAGUCUGAUGGCUACUAUCCAUUAUCCUGAAGAUGUGGAAGUUGAAGAAUUUGCCCAAGAAAUCGUAAUAAAUACAGGUAGCAAUGUGGUCGAUUUGACCGAACCCGAUGAUGAAGAUCAAGAGAUGGAAAUCGAUAACGGUGGAGACGAUGGCGCUGAAAGUCAAGGCAUACAACCAUCAAACGAUGAAAAUAAUGUCCCAGAAGAUACAGAAUUACAAUCAUCAAUGCAGAAUUCCACCCCAGCGGUUGCCAGAAGUGUACAAGUGUUAGGGGUUUUAGCGGUGAAUUCUCCAGACGAGUUUCAAAACAAGGCGUCAAAACCGUCCUCUAAAAACACUUCCAAGGUGAAAAUUUCAAAGUCACCGUUAAAAUCACCCGAAAAGGAUGAUGAUUCACAAAGUUGCCCAAUUUGUUUUGAGCCAUGGUCAAACUCGGGUGCUCACCGGCUGUCGUCUCUCAGCUGUGGGCAUCUCUUUGGAAGAAGCUGUAUUGAAAGAUGGUUAAAAGCUAAAGGAGGAAAUGACAAGUGUCCACAGUGUAAUGCACCAGCAAAAAAGAAAGACAUUCGAAAUAUUUACACAAAAGCAGUCAAGUCUAUUGAUACAACGGAACGUGACAGAGCACUGGCAGAUCUGGAGAAAGAGAAAGAAGCUCGGCAGAAAGCAGAAGAGCGAGAGGCGCGUGCUCUGCUACAGUACCAGCUGGCUAAGGCUGAGUGUGAGAAGAUUGUCACACAGCUAAAAAAGCAAGAACAACUGGUUUCUAGUUUACAGAGAGAAAGGAAUGGGAGAUCUCUGUUAAAAUCUGGAGAUUCAUUAAAACCAGUGAGCUCUCUAGACUCCAAGCAUUGUGAGUAUGUGAGGAUUCAUCAGAAGGCUGUGCGUGAUGUGGCAUUCAACUGCAGAGGUGAUGGUUUACUGUUGACAGCAAGCAUGGAUAAGACAGUCAGGGUGACAAGCAUGCUCAGCAAUACUGUUGUGCAGACGUAAGUAAAUAAAUAUCAUGAAUUGCAUUUGAGAAUGGUGACAGGUUUCACGUACUACAUUAACUCUAUAGCUUUUUUUUAAAAAAAUAAGUAGCUGACUAAUUAAGCAUUUUCCCCAUGGGUUGUAAGCAAUGAGAGAGUAUCUUGGCACAAUCAGCUACUUAAGAAAGGACAUUACAUGUACACUCAACAUAAUAAUAAAAGUUUUGUACAGUCUUCUACAUAUUGUACAUAAACUCCCUUACUAUAUAACCUGUGGAAUUAAUUCUGCUGUACAAUACUUGUGCCCAUGGACAUUCUAUUAUUCAAUACAUCUUUUGUUUUGUUUAUUUGUUUGCAGAUAAAUCUUAGACACUGACUAUUGCAUAACUUCCUGGGUUAAAUAAUACUGUAUUGCAGAACUUAUUCAAAGCAGAUCUGUGAGAACAAUCUAAAUAGAAGUAUCUAGGCUUUUUACAUUAUAAACUAGUUAUCAAAUGAAUAUAUUUAAUAUUGUUUGACACUUACAGGCUUUAGAACUGUACAAAAGAAUCCAUAUAAAAACAUCAACAAUUUCAACUUUGUUUUG